AUGGUUCGAGCAGACACGCGAUUUUGGCCUCCAACUGUUGAUAGACAUUGCAAACCACGUACUGACUCAGCUCCAGCUGGCACUGUAUUUGCUCGUGUGUACAGUGACAGCAGUGAACUGGACGACGACGAGUGGCCCAUCAGGUGUAUUCUCCAGGAAACAGACACAGAAUACCUGAUCGACUGGGAAGGGCCCUACGAUCCAAGCUGGAAAGCGAGGCGUGCUCCAAAACGGGUGGAGCGAGACAUCACCCAAGUCCACGGUCCUGCCUCGCCUUCCGCUUCGAGAAGAAGGGACUUGAAGAACAACGAACGUGCAGCAUCCGAACACCAAAAACAGCCCAGUAUCCGCGGCCGUACGGCCUUUUCAUCGUCAUCUUCCCCUCUAGAAAUUGUUCCAGAGACACAAUAUUCUCCACAGGCCAGACAGAGUGCAGUUUUCGGGUCCUUUUCUCCAGAGACUCCUGGUGCUGGCCAGAGCAGUGUGCGUAGCGAAAUAGGCGAAACACCUUCUCCCCGGCACGAGGAAUUCAAAAGUCAACUCAUACCUCACGAGUCCAGUCUCCCUUUAUCGGCGUCCUUAGGGUCUGUUGAAGGCAUCGAGUCCAAUUUGAGCAGCUUGGUGUCUCACCACCUGACACAGAGUGACUCUUCUGCUGGUGUUUAUCUCAGCUCAAUACCAGAAACGGUCACGCAAGAUUUGUCACCAUACCGGCUUGAUUCUGGCUCUCAAUUCACAAGUCAACCGGCGCUCUCAUUGCCUGAACCUACAGAGACCCAGCCGCCUGUGGAAGUAGUGGAAGACCAAGGAAGAAAGCAUCCAGCAGCAUCCAUAAACGAAAACAUGGACCAAUACAAUUCAUGGGAUCAGCCACGAGCCCCACGCUUUCCGGGGAUAUCCCAGACCCUCAGUGCUAGUGCAACCCCUUCCUCCGUUGGAGACGUCGAAGCAUCCGUGCCUGUAUCGGUUCCAGAGGCGACGGCCCCUCUUAGCGUCAGACACGACAAAGACGCUGUCACUCAUUCCCACACUGCAAUUCAUCAUGUGCAUCCUGGACCUCUAAUCCCACCGUCAGAACUCCUACACUCCGAACCAUCGACAAUGCAAACCAUUCAGCCAAGCGAAUUGACAGUUACAAACGUCGAGGAGAAUUUACCAGGGUCAAUCCGGCUUGGACCGUCUGAGUACGCAGUCACCCUUCCAAUGGACUCUCGGGUGAAGGAUUACUAUGAACGAGUGUUGGCAGACGCUGCCACGAGUAUUCGUGAAUUUUUCUCUGGCGUUGACGACAACUCUGGACUACCGGCCGCCAAACUUCUGGCGAAGAUGCAUGAAAUGCUCACGCAAUUGAAUAAUGUCUCAACACAUCCGGACCUUAACAUUCCCGAACAUUUGAAAGGAACAGAGUCUCAUCUCGCAGAAGAGGGGUUGUGGGCAGAGUACUCGAGUGCAAAGUUUCUUUUUCUCGGCUAUUUGAUAGAAGUCGCGAACGUGCUUGACUGGCAUUUUAUUUUGAGGGUGCAUGACGACAAGGCCCAGAGAUUGCUAGAGCGCUAUCUGCAAGGCAAAGGCUUUGCGUAUACCCGACCUCGUGAAGAGAUGGGUGGUGCCUUGGAAGUUUCUAUGGCGAAAGAAUCUCUGAGUUUCGGUAUCCAUUCCACCGAUAGCGUUACGGACCUUUACAAGCCUCCUAUUGCCAUCCUGGCUUUGACCCCAUCGGUCAAUCUCAGGAGCAUAUGCAUGCAGCACAUCAGAACCACCUACACGCGGAAUGAGAGCUUGCUUCCCGUGAUUUGGUUGUUCGUUGCCAAUGCUAGCGAACACAUCGAGCAUUGUCUGCCUGACCUGCCAUCACUCGACCGACUCCGUCUGCUCAUUCAGUAUACCGCCGAUCUUCAUGAUGCAGUGGGCGACCUCCAAGAUGACGCACUCGGCGUACAUGAAGAUGUCGAUGGGAUUGUCAGUUUUCUGCUCGACAUCUUUGAGCCCUGGCCACUGGCUCUCAUCGAGCCUUUGCAUGCUGUCUCGAUGGAAGAGUCAGACGAACCAAUCUCGUCGUCUGAUGAACCUGCUGCACCGACUCAGAAACGCGGACUGCGGCCGCGGGUUGACGCAUCUCAAGAGAUCAGCCAAUUGACCCAGUCAUCCAAGCACAUGAGUCAAACCUUGGACCGGGACCUGCAAUCGCUGGAGAAGAACCUCGUUCAAAUGAAGAGCGAUCUCACAACCGAAAAGGAGCAACUGCGGAAGGAACUGACCCAAACGCUCUCUCGAUUCCAGGAAUUGGAAACAGCCAUGAGCGUACUCCAGCAUCGUUACGAAAGUCGAUACAAGGAAUUCCAUAAAAUGCGUCACGAGCGCGAUCAUCUAGCCGAGAGCAAGACUUCACUCGAGCAGCGCAUCGAGUCGCAGAAAGAGAGCAUCGCGAAGUUGAAGGAUGAACGAACGCAACUGAAACGUGAUCUUGAGCAAGCCAGACAAGAACUCAAAGAGGGAGGAGGGAGCAUGGCAGAAUUGGAGACUGCACGUGAAGAAAUCCGGCGCCUGGAGAAAGAGAACACCAGUCUCGAGCGAAAAGCAGACUACGAACGAAACCAGGCCGACUACACUCGCGAGCAAUACCAGAACGCAUCUACAGCCGCCGCUCAAUCCGGGACCGAGGCUCGGCAACUACAAGAGGAGAAUGAAGACUUGAAGCGUAAGGUGGAAGGCAACGCCAUUCGCCUCCGCGAGCUCAACAUCCAAAACGACACCGCUCGUCACCUUGCCCGAGUCGAAGAACUAGAGUUGACCCUCGUUGCGCGUGAUGAUCUCUUGCGCAAGAAGGAGGAGGAGCUUCGGGAAAUUCGCAAGAACCGCCCUUCUACCCGCUCAACCAGCACUCAACCACGAAGCCCUAAAUGGGCUGCCACCAGCCGUCCCACGAGUCCCGGAGCCAACGGCAACGGCAACAAUGGCCUUCCUGGCAGGGGGAGCGCGUUGAGAUUUAGCGCUGAAAGGCCAUUUUAA